UAUUUCUGAAGUGUGUCUUUUGCUAUAAUUUCUACUUUAUUUACUACGGCUCUGCAUCAAAAUGCCUGAUAGAUGUGCAGUUUUCGGCUGUUCAAACCGAGCAAAUUCUGCGGAAAGAAUUUCUCUUCACCGCAUACCAUUUUACGGUGAUGAGCGUCCUGAAGCGAAGCGAAGACGUAAAAUCUGGGUGAAUGUUGUUGCAAGAAAACGCGCUCGAUGGACACCGACUAAGUAUUCGGCUGUUUAUUAUUGUGAUGGCAAAGUAAUUUGGGCAAAGUUCAAAUCUUUCCUGAGUCACAUAGUAGACAAGCACACCAAUUUGGAUAAUCCACUGUUUUCAAGUUGUUUUCAUGGCCCUGAUAUUAAACCAAGGGAAUAUUUGUUAGAAGGUUCAGUUGCUCAUGAAAAGCUUAGUGCUAAAUUGUUAAAUCCACAGCUGAUGAAGUCAAUUCACCAGGCUUCACCAGUUGCUCAAACAAGUUGUUUGGAAGGAUUCCAUUCUGUCCUGAAUCAUUUUGCUCCAAAAAUGAUUCAUUAUUCCUAUGUUGGAAUGUAUUGCAGACACAUUUUGGCAUCCAUCCACUUCAACAACAACUUAAGGCGUGAUGUAAAGAUGAAGAAUGAUGGCACUUUCCAAAUAAAUGUAGUGUAUCCAAAGUUUAAAAAUGGUGAAGGAACUGUGAGGGAUGUCAGAGUUAAGUCCAAAUUUGAGUAUGUGGAUGAAUUAUUUGAGAGUGUGAUGCUGUCAAUAAAAGACAAAGACGCAUUAUCAAAUUCACAAAAUCUUUUGAAAGAAAUGUCCCCACCAUCAAUGAAUGUCAUGCUGCAAAAGCAACCCAGAGCUGAGGUGUUACUAAAACAGGUCCGUUGAAAAUGCAUUGUGGUCAAUGAUGUCCCUCCCUCAAUUCCAGCAGCUACCAGUGUGCCAUUCAGCUGUCAGUCAAAGUGGCAGUUUCAAAA